AUGCAUUCUGUUCCUGAUCCAAUUUUAAAUUUUUUAGCUGAUCCUGAGAGUCCAAAUCCAGAAAUCAAGCCUUAUUUGAUUAACAAAUUACAGCCCAUUUUUCCAUACAAAUUUAUCAAGCAAAAUGCCGGAAAUUUUGUUAAUUUAAUUUCUUUAGCUUCAGAAACAUGCGAAUCUCAAUAUUUACCACGAUUUAUCGAUAUAAUCAACAUAGCAGAAGUUCCAAGUGAAAUAAUACGAACUUAUCCCAAUUUGUUUGCGAAAAUUUUAGAAUUUUAUAUAAAUCUUGUAAUGAACGAUAAUUUCGAUGAAAACUUAUACAAAUAUUCAAUGAAACAGAUUUUACCAAUGAAAAAGUCAAAACCAGACAUUUUUGACGCAGAUUUUCCACAAUUUCACGAAUGUUUACAAAACAUCCUUGGUACGCAGGAUAUAGCACUCAGAAUCGAUUUUUUAUUCAGAUUCUUCAGACUAUGUCCAGUAUUUAGUAAUUCUUUCAACAAAUUAAUCAUAAAAAUUAUUUACAGGCAUAUGCAUGGUUUUUAUGAAGAGAAUCACGCAGUUCCUAAACAUAUUAAACAUCUCAAAGCAUUGUACAACUUUAUGGAGAACGAUUCCGGGGAUUUCAUAAGAUUUUACCUCAGAAACAAAUUUGUAAGGGAAUCACCAAUUAUCGAAGCCGGAAUUCUUUUGUCCAAGCUUGUACGUGGCUUCGAUGACAAGUAUCGUUUGGAAAUUUGCAAUUCUAUGCUAUCAAAAAUAAUAAAUUUGCUGCAACAGCCAAAUAUGCCCAGAUACCUGUUGUUUUAUGCAUCCAAAGGCUUCCUGGCAUACCACAAUAACCAGCCGUUCCGUAUGAACACGUAUUUUCCUUUUCUUAACGCAAACGUCGACAAUCCAGAAUUUCAACGCACAAUUUUGAAAUGUGUCCUCAGUUUACACGAAACGGUCGAUGAAUCCAAUGAAAAUUACUUUUCUAAGUUUAUUUCGGAUCAUUUUCAGAACAUUCUUGCAGAGAACUAUGAUAAAGUCUUCAGGCUAAUGCGCAGGAUCGUUUGUUACAUGCAAGAAGGCGAAAUUAUUGAUUUUUUGUUGGAAUUUAAUUUGGCAAUUCUCCAAGGAAGCAGUUAUCCGCUUAACGCCCACGCACUUGUGAUUCUUUAUUAUAUAUGCUAUUAUAAUUCAGACCUCAUUCCUCUCUACAAAGAAAAAGGAAUUUUUAAUUUUGCAAUAUUAUUACUUCAGAGUGAGAAAGCUGAGGAUUUCGAUAUGGUAAACUCAUUCUUUACUGAAAUACUUCAAGAUGACCUAUACGUUGAUGAGUUUCAUGACAUUUUAAUGGCUGCUUACGUUGAAUUUGUGAAAUACGCAGUUGGAACAUAUAAUUGUUCUCCCGAAUAUCGACAAACAUGUUGUAGUGAUGCUGUUAUUCUCAUGGAUUUCCUGGAUACAGAAGAAACUCCUUUUCCAGAAGAAUUUGUUUUUCCUUUCAAUUCUGUAACGGAUAUGAUCAAAUCCAAUGAGUUCCCAUUACAAGUAUCGGCCAAUUAUGUCAUUGCUGACCAUCUAGAUAUGUUUGAUCCAAGUUUUGUUCUGCAAAUUUUGGAAUAUUACGAUCAGAUCAUGAAAGAACGGGAUUGUUCAGCACUAUUCAUGUCUAUGUUCUAUUUGAUCUACAAAAUACUUGAUGUUUGUGAUGAAGUUCCUGAAAUAAUUUUGAAUAUUGUUAUUAACAUCUUUUCUUGCCAAUAUAAGCCGUUUAUUGAGACAAACUUUGAAUAUAAUCUUACUGUUUCAAAGCAUUUCUACAGAUCUGUUGUUGGAUUGGUCAGAUUAGGACAUUUUGAAUUUAUUAUUCAUAUAAUUGACUCAUUACCCUUCGUUUCUUCUCAUUUGUAUGGAGGAAUGUGUAGGACUAUAAUGAGAUACGUCAAAAAUGCCCAACUCGCAGAAGAAGACAUCGAUUCAAUGUAUUUCACAAUUUUUGAAGUUUUUAAGGACAAUUAUGAUGAUGAACAUGCCCAAAAUAUUGCCAAUUUACUCACAAACAUCUUUUUAAUGCGUAAUGCUGCUUAUCCGGUUCAAGAAUUGAUAGAUGUCAUUAAUAGUAUGGUAGAAGCUAUCGUAGAAACACGGGAAUCAUAUAUAAUAUGCAUGUUGAACAUUUUGGCCGUAACGGAUCCAAAUUCUUUAGAAAAUCCAAAUAUUUCGACUUUGUCAAGUGCAAUUUUCCAUGUAUCCAACUUCAAAUCAAAGAUGAAGAUUGAUUAUGAUGCAGUUUUCGCUGCAAUUCGCAACUUUUUGUAUGAAAAUGCAGAAUCUUACGAUUUGGUGGUCGAAUGUGGAGUUUUUAUUGCCGGUGCUUAUCUGCUUCGGCCAAAAGAAAGAAGUCAGUUCUUUAGAACGAAAAUUGAUGAAGAUAUCAUGAAAGGUUUAACAUAUAUAUGCGAAAACUUCAGAAGUUAUGCAAAAGCUGUUUGGGAUCAUUUCAGAGACAAGGAUUAUCAAAUUCUUGGCGAAAUAUUUUCAAAAUAUUUUGAAAGACCUUAA